AUGUCGUCUCCCGUCAUGGCUGAAGUCAAAGAACCGACUACCGCUCCGAGCCAUGAUCUUCCAGCACUCAUUGCCCGCACAGAGUCCAAGAGCAUCACGGACGAGAAACACAGUGUGGAUGUGGAAGUCGAUGAGGUCGUAACGGACGGCCUUGAAUACAAGGAUGAAGCCUUGAAGCUGGUCGGCAUGCAGAGAACGCAGGAGUUCAGCGAGGAAUACUAUCGAAAGCUACGGCGGAAGCUGGAUUACACUAUACCUCCCCUAUGUAGCGCUGUAUACUUCACCCAGUACUUGGACAAGACUGCGCUGAACUAUGCGAGUAUCAUGGGAUUCCCAGUAACAGGACAGGGAUAUAACCUUGUGGCGUUAUCGUUCUAUAUAGGUUUUUUAAUAUGGGUAUUCCCUACUAUGUAUAUUUCCCAGAAGACUCGCCUCGGGAAAUAUCUGGGAGUGAACGUCGUCCUAUGGGGAAUCAUCAUGAUGCUACACGCUAUUCCGCGAUCAUUUGGACCAUUCUUUAUUUUGAGGCUCCUGCUAGGGAUGCUCGAGAGUUGUGUUGCGCCUAUUCUCAUCCUGAUCAUUUCAAUGUUUUACAAGAAGGACGAACAGGCGACGCGCAUCUCUUGGUUUUACCUCAUGAACGGGUUUUCCGCAAUCGUUGGCGGUUUCUUUGCCUAUGGUGUCUCUUACACAACCGACGCAAGUAUACCGUCAUACAAAAUCAUCUAUCUUUUACUGGGAGGUCUUGCGAUAAUAGUCGGCAUUGCGGUUCUCUUAUGGAUGCCGGAUUCCCCAACUAAUGCACACAUGCUGAGUCACGAGGAACGAAUCGCCGCAAUCGAACGGAUCCGGGACGAUCAAGGAGGCACCGAAAACAGGAAGCUGAAGAAGGAGCAGCUCAUCGAGGCGCUGACAGACUUCAGAACCUGGCUCAUCGUCCUGUCGACUCUCUUGACAAACAUUCCCAACGGAGGUCUCGCAAAUUUCGGUAACAUCAUUGUCAAGAACUUCGGCUAUACAACAAAACAGACUCUGAUUCUCUCGACACCUGCUGGUCUUAUUGGCCUUAUUACGACACCACUGGUUGGGUGGUACUCCGACAGGACGAAUGAGCGGAUGCUUCCCAUAGUGUAUAUUCUCAUACCGACGCUGGUUGGAGCUGCGAUGCUUGUUGCCCUGAAUGGAUCUAAUCAGAAGGGCGCAUUGCUGUUCGCUACAUACAUCAUUGGGACAUACGGAUCCUCGCUAUCACAAAUCUACGCGUACAAUGCUAGUAAUACCAGCGGCCAUACGAAGAAGGUCACGAUUAACGCCAUGACACUCGCAACCUUCUGUGUCGCCAACAUUGUCGGGACGGAGACCUUCUUACCGAAGGAUGCGCCAGGGUAUCUUCCUGGGAAGAUCUCCAUCCUUGUAUUGCUUAGCGCUGAGUGCUUCCUCUGCUUGUUCAUGCGAUGGUACAAUCUGCAUUUGAACAAGAAGAAGCGACAAGGUGUCGAAGAGCUCAAACACAUCAACGGGUGGACAGAUGAAGACAUCGUGAAGGAGAGGCAGCGACAUGCCUUUAUGGACAUGACAGAUAAACAGAAUCCGUAUUUCGUGUACACUUCUUGA